CGUUGUUUCCGCAACAAAAUGGCCGCUAUAGUAGCCAGGUAGAUAGGUGCCUUGCACCUUGUAAAAUGUCGCGGAAUAUAAGUUUUUGCAUUGCAGCUGUCACAGAGAUUAAAAAGGAGAUGCUGGGAACCAAAUUUUCGAUCGCUGAAACCGUCAGGACAUGUGGGAUUUGAUAGUCUCCCUGAUCAGUUGGUUAAUAAAAGCGUUGAAAAUGGAUUUGUAUUCAACAUCAUGUGCAUAGGCGAGACCGGUCUUGGCAAAUCCACAUUAAUGGAUACACUGUUUAAUACCAGUUUCGAGUCUACGCCGAGUCCUCACAUAUUGCCCAGUGUUAAAUUAAAAGCGCACACUUAUGAAUUACAAGAAAGUAAUGUUCGACUUAAACUAACGAUCUGUGAUACUGUUGGAUAUGGCGAUCAGAUCAACAAGGACGAUUCUUUCAAAGCUGUUGUCGAUUAUCUCGACGUUCAGUUCGAGAUCUAUUUGCAGGAAGAACUAAAAAUUAAGCGCUCCCUUACAACGUGCCAUGACAGUCGCAUUCACAUUUGCCUCUACUUUAUCUGUCCCACGGGACACGGCUUGAAGUCUUUGGACUUGGUCUGCAUGAAGAAGUUGGAUAGCAAGGUUAAUAUUAUCCCAGUGAUUGCCAAAGCUGAUACUAUUUCGAAGGAGGAACUACAAAGAUUCAAGGCAAAAAUCAUCCAGGAACUGAAGAGCAAUGGUGUUCAGAUCUAUCAGUUCCCCACAGACGACGAAACUGUUGCAGACACCAAUAGCUUGAUGAAUGCGCAUUUUCCCUUUGCUGUUGUUGGCAGCACUGAAUUUAUUAAGGUGGGCAAUAAACUCAUCCGUGCUCGUCAGUAUCCCUGGGGUACUGUCCAAGUGGAAAAUGAAAACCAUUGCGAUUUUGUGAAGCUACGAGAGAUGCUCAUUCGAACCAAUAUGGAAGAUAUGCGCGAGAAGACACACAUAAAACAUUAUGAACUAUAUCGGCAGAAGCGUUUAGAGCAGAUGGGUUUUAUUGAUGUGGACAGCGAGAACAAGCCAGUUUCAUUUCAACAAACGUUCGAGGUCAAGCGCUCCAAUCAUUUGGCUGAAUUGCAAUCUAAGGAAGAGAAAGUGCGCCAAAUGUUUGUCCAGCGAGUAAAGGAAAAGGAAACGGAGCUCAAAGAUAGCGAGAAAGAUUUGCAUUUGAAGUUCGAAAAGUUGAAGAAUGAUCAUGCUGAGGAGAAACGUAAGCAUGAAGAAUCUCGCAAAGCUCUGGAAGAGGAAUUUUUAGAAUUUCAAAGGCGUAAGCAACAGGUGGCUGCCUCCCACAAUAUCAUGACACUGGGCAAAAGUAAGAAAAAAUAGCAAACACAUUGGCUAUAAGCAAUGUCUUCGAGUAUUUUCUGCAUUUUUAUUAUGAUUAGCUUAAUGCCAUUUUUAAUUUCAUAUAAUAUAACAACCAAAUUAUUUUAAAUAAAUGUAUUUUCU